AUGACACAAGACGACUCGGUGACGAGCACGCGGACGAUGGACGACGCACACCGAACGGCAGUCGACGCAGACUUGGAAAAGGGCCAGCCAGAGCAGGACGAACCGACAGCACGUCCUGGCAAGGAAGACGGCCCGUCGCUGGAGACGACACCUGUCCCACCCCCCGCACACGACAAUGAUGCAGGCCGGGCAACAACAAGCACGCGGUCGCGGGCCCUGUCGGCCGUGCCGUCCCUCACUCGGUCUCGGUCACGGCCGCGGCCACGCUCGCAGGCCCCUUCUGCGGCCGACCAGCACGACCCGGCGUUCCUGGCCAAGUGGGACGGCGCGUCCGACCCGGACGACCCGCACAACCUGUCGUCGGCGACCAAGGCGCGGUGCACGCUGAUUCUCGGCCUGCUGGCGUUCACGGGCUCGCUGGGCACGUCGAUCCUGACGCCGGCGGAGCCGCUCGUGGCGGCGGAGCUGGGCAUGGGGACCGAGGAGACGGUGCUGCUGCUGGCGCUGUUCGUGGGGUCGGCGUCGGCGCGGACGGCGUCGGCGCUGCUGGCGACGCGGUUCCUGGGCGGGCUGUUUGCGUCGGCGCCCAUCAGCAACGUGUCGGCGGCGCUCGGCGACAUCUACGCGCCGACGACGCGCGGCGUGGCCAUGGCCUUUUAUUCGGUGUGCGUCGUCGGCGGGCCGUGCGUGGCGCCCGUCGUGGGCGCGUCGAUUGCGUACGACGAGCGCCUCGGCUGGCGGUGGGUGCUGUACGUCGAGGCGCUGGUGGCGGCCGUCAGCGGCGGCGUCGCGCUGCUGGGGCUGCCCGAGACGUACGGCCCCGUGCUGCUCGCGCGCAGGGCGGCGCGGCGGCGGCGCGCCACGGGCGACGCGCGCUGGUGGCACCCGCACGAGCAGGAGCGCGCGCGCAUGACGCUGCGGACGCUGGUCGGCCGGCACCUGGGCCGGCCGCUGCGCAUGUUCGUCACGGAGCCCAUCGUGGCGUGCAUCGCGCUGUACGCGUCGUUUGCGUACGCGCUCGUCUUCUUGGCGCUCGAGGUCUACCCGCUCGUGUUCCGCGACGCGCGCGGCUUCGGCCCCGUCGCGGCCAACCUGCCGUUUCUGGCUUUGUUUGUCGGCGCCGUCGUCGCCGUCGGCAUCAACAUUGCCAACCAGCCGCUCUACGCCCGCGCCAUGGCCCGCCAGGGCGACGGCCGCGCCGUGCCCGAGGCCCGCCUGCCGCCCAUCGUCCUCGGCGGCCUCCUCUUCAGCGCCGGCUUCUUCUGGUUCGGCUGGACCGCCGAGGGCCCCGGUUCCGGUCCCGGCCGCAACCCGGAACACUGGUACCACUGGGCCGUGCCCACGGUCGCCGGCGGCUUCAUCGGCUGCGGCUUCAACGUCGUCUUCCAGCAGUGCCUCAACUACCUCGUCGACUCCUACGGCCCCUAUGCCGCCAGCGCCACGUCCGCCAACACCGUGCUGCGCUCGCUGCUGGCCUGCGGGCUGCCGCUGGCCGCGCGGCCCAUGUUCACCCGGCUCGGCGUGGGCCCCGCGGCGAGCCUGCUGGGCGCCGUCUCGGCCCUGGCCCUGCCGGCGCCCAUUGUCUUCCGCGUAUACGGGCCGCGGCUGCGCGCGAGGUCCAAGUUUGCACAGGAUGCGUAG